AUGAAGGUGAUGCAGCUCAUCUCACCAGGCGUGAGCAAAUUUUGGAACCUCUUAGAGAUCCGCAUUCUGGUUCUACUUAGCCUUGCCAUCCAAACCAUUCUCACCCUGACAGGUAGAAAGAGGAAGAAUUCAGCUAGUGACAUGCUCAGUAUCCUUCUAUGGGUCACCUACAUGGUAGCAGACUGGGCUGUGACAGUCUCACUUAGUGUGCUUUCCAACCAUGCACGGAGCUCUUGCGACCAUUCCUUAGAUUCAAACAUUGUAAUUACACUAUUCUGGGCUCCAUUUCUUCUCUUGCACCUCGGUGGCCCGGACACUAUCACUGCAUACUCUUUGGAAGACAAUGAGUUGUGGCGAAGGCACUUACUUACACUAGUUAGCCAAGUGGUAGUAGCUGCCUAUGUCUUACUUAAAGCCUGGACCAAUACUCCACUAAAUAUUCUAGCAAUUCCAGUGUUUUUAUCUGGGGUUGUUAAGUGUGGACAGAGGGUAUGGGAUCUGUGGUCUGCAAGCAGUGAGAAGUUUAGAGAGUCUAUGCUCUCUCCUCCAGACCCAGGUCCAAAUUAUGCCAGAUACAUGGAGGAAUACAGCUCAAAGAAAGAUGAGGGGUUCAAGGUUUCAUUGGAGAAAUUAAUUAGAUUUCCCAUAGAAGUUGAAAACUCAUAUACGGAGCCAGUAAACAAUCCUCUUGACAAUUUAGAAAUUUUACAGUAUGCCUAUGGUUUCUUUGCAACAUUUAAGCUGCUGUUUGCAGAUCUCAUCCUCAGUUUCCACGAUAUCGAGAAAAGCCAAUCCUUCUUCAUGAAGAUAUCAUCUCAAGAUGCUUUUGAAGUGAUUGAGGUUGAGCUUGGAUUCAUCUAUGAUGUGUUUUAUACAAAGGCAGUUCUGGCUUAUUCUUUUGUUGGUGGCUUCUUCCGCCUCUCCAGUCUCUGUUGCUUAACUCUCCGAUGCGUCAAUUUCAUUUCAAUUAUUUCUGUAUCCAUGGUCUUCUUCUUCAUCAUUGAGAAACAUGAGUACUGCAGAGAGAAUGUGGUUAUCACAUAUGUAUUGGUAGCUGGAGCUAUUAUCCUUGAGCUUUAUGCAGCAAUAUUACUGUUAUGCUCAGACUGGAUGAUGCUAUCGCUGAAGAAGCACAGCCUCUUAUAUCAAGCAAUUUCAUCACUUCCAUUUACUACAAGCAAAAGGUGGUCUAACACCAUGGCACAACACAACCUGAUAAGCACUUGCCUUGAAUAUAAGCCAGCCAAUUGCAGAUUUCUCACCAAGGUCUUAUGCAUUGAUGCAUUAUUGGAAAAGCAUCGGUACAAAUACUCAAAAAAAGUUCCUUCAAAAUUGAAAAAAGUGAUCUUUGACCAGCUUUCAAAUAAAUCAAGGAGUGUUUCAGAUAUCAAGGAAUGCAAGAAAUUUUGUGAUGACAGGGGUUAUGAGGUGCUUGAAGGUGCAAUAUCUUCCGUUGGAAUCAGUGAUGGAGAUAGAGAGACCAUCAAAGAAAGCGUUGACAAACUUAAGGUAGAAUUUGAUAAAAGCAUUCUUCUCUGGCAUAUUGCAACAGAUCUAUGUUUGAGUUCUGAUAAGCAAAAAGAUCUGAAAUCAGUUAAAACCCCACAUUGUAAAGCUAGCAAGUGCUUAUCCAACUACUUGUUGUAUCUUCUUGUCAUGUGUCCUGUCAUGCUACCCAAUGGGAUCGGACAAAUCAGGUUCCGAGACACAUGCGCCGAGGCUAAUGAAUUUUUCAAAGAAAGAAAAUCAAAAUUGGGUGGAGGCAAUGUUGGCAAAAUGUUACAUACCAAAAAACUUAAUGCUUGUUCAAUGUUACUCCAAGUCAAUACUGAAAUUCCUCCAUCAAAAGUGAAAGGAGACAGAAGUAAGUCUGUACUAUUUGACGCAUGUAGACUAGCUAAAUCUUUGCAAUCUCUAGCAACUGCUAAAGAAUGGGAUAGUGCAAAGAAGUGGGAACUCAUUUGUCAUGUGUGGGUGGAAAUGCUAUCUUAUGCUGCGAGUCAUUGUCAAUGGAAUCAUCAUGCUCAGCAGCUCACCCAAGGAGGGGAGCUUCUCACUCAUGUGUGGCUUCUUAUGGCACAUCUUGGUAUUACUGAGCAGUUUCAAAUUUCACUAGGGCAUGAAAGGGCAAAGUUGAAUGUGGAGUAA